AUGGCGAUCGCGAACAGUGCGGAUGGAGACGCGUCGGUGGUGAAGGCGGAGACGCCGACGUGGAUGAUGGACGACGAUGACGGGCUGACGGAGGAGCAGCGACGGGUCAUCGCCGAGCGCGUGGCGGCGCUGCAGAACCGAUUUAAAAAGUUUGAGGAAAAGACGACCAAGGAGAAGGUGGAGGAACUCAUGGUGUCCAACGCCGAUCUCACGGAGCGUGAGGCCGAGAUGGUGCUCCGGGUGUGCAACGGGAACGAAUUUGAGGCGAACGAUAGGCUGAGCGAGGCGGAGGACGGGGAGGCGUUUUUAAUGUCGGUGCGCUUCAUGAUUCAGGAGGAAGACGCUCUGAAGCGACGAGCGCAGAGCUCCAAGGCUGCGCACGUGUCGAGCGAAAGGUUCAAACAGCGCAUGGAACGAUUGCGUAAGCGUCGAUCGUCGAUCGGCGGUGAAGAUGACAGCGACGGUGAAGCGCCAGAGCAAUUUUUCGAGACAGAGUACGUCUUGGAGGAACGUUUGGGUGUGCAGUUCGUUCGUCACUCGAAAAAGAACGUCAACGUGAAACGCCUGCGUCUCGAUGACGCUAUCGCGCAGGCGGAGGCGGCGGAAGACGCCAUCGCGCGAGCGGAAGUGGUGGAAGGCGCCGAGGCAGAGGUGGACCCGUACGAGGGUUGGUCCGAGGCUCGCAUCAAGGCCUGGAAGAAUCGCGAAAAGAACGAGAAUCAAUACUAUUACCGUUUUAAUGCCCCGGGCGAGGCGCAAUCUAACGGAAAGUGGUCAGAUGCCGAGCACGCGCAGUUCAUGGCUAUCAUCGCCUCGCUUCCGGAUGGCAAGGCCAACUAUGAGUGGGGUACAUUUUCUAAGAGCAUCCCGGGCCGCGUCGGUUACCAGUGCUCCAACUACUACAGGUCCCUCGUCAAAAAUGGAAUCAUUCAUGAUGAAAAUUACAUGAUCGACCCGGUGACCGGAGAUCUCCGCUUCAACUUCAAAACUAAGGGCUUCGAUCGCCCAGAGCGUGUGGAGGGCGAACCGCAUAUGGUGAUGGUGAAAAAGGUAAUCAAGGUGAAGAAGCCCAAGGCGCCGGCCAAGCCCAAGCCGAAAGCAAAGCCGAAGAAGAAGAGCGACGAUGACAAGGCCUUCCAGUGCAGCCUUAAACCCGACAGCGUGCGCCGAAGCGGUCGGUCGGCGAAGAAAACUUAUACGGAUGGCGGUAGUGACUUUGACGACGACGAGUUUGAGCAGCUCCCCGUGCUGCCAGGAUUCAUCGAUCCCAUCACUCGUCUUCCGAUCGAGGAGCCGACUAUUUCUCCUUACGGUCACGUGGCCGGUUACGAGACCUGGUGCACGAUCCUUCGUCGCGCUGAGGCUCCGGACGUAUGCCCGUUCACGAAGCAACCACUCAAGCGCCGCCAGCUCGUGAAACUCACGCACGAAAAUAUCGACGCGUACCGAGGCCUGAUCGUCGAGAAUCAGCAAAUGUAA